GGCUGUUUUUUUGUUUAAAAUUAUUCUUAUUUAGAUGUGAUUGUUUGCAUUUUUAUUAUUACUGAACUACAAAAUAUAAUGUUUUUUGUAUUGUUGUUAAUGGAAACCUUUCACCAGAACCAGAGAAAGUUGAUGAAGUUGAGAUAGGAUGGUGUAACAUAGGCUUGUCGUAUGAAGUUACAUGGCCUCUCCAUGUUUUGUUGACUCCUACAAUAUUAGAAAGGUACAGUGUGAUAUUUCGUUUUCUUCUUGCCAUACGGAGAGCACAGUUGGAGCUUCAUCAGUGCUGGGCCAUUCAAAUGUUGAAUAAGGAUGUUGGUCGAGACUCUAUCAAUACACCCUUAUGGCAGCUCCGAACACACAUGGCUUUUCUUAUUGACAACCUUCAGUACUACUUGCAGGUGGAUGUACUUGAGAGCAAUUUCACCCAAUUAGAAGAUAAAGUUAGGACAGUCCAAGAUUUUGAAGCCAUUCAACUGGCUCAUGAAAAUUUUUUGACAUCAGUCUUUUCUCAAAGUUUCCUUUUGCUUAAACCAGUGUAUCAGUGUCUUAUGGAAAUAGUGGAACUAUGUCUUUCCUUAUGCAUGUUAGUGACCAACAAUCAUGGACAAAUGUCCUCUCAGGAAUUUUUGCACUUGAAUGACCUAACACUGAACUUUAAGCGCCACACAUCUCUUCUGUUUCGGAUUCUGUCUAGUGUACGAAGCCACCAAGCCAGCCCUCAUCUAGCCCAGUUGUUGCUUAGAAUUGACUAUAACAAAUACUUCACUCGCUGUGGAGGUCAAUUGGGAGGGAACAUUAGUACCCAAGCCACUUUUGAAGCUCCCUAAAUCCGAAAAUACUUCGAAAGCUUAUCAAGUUUCAUUACACCUGCAUUAGAAGUAAAUGAAUCUGUUCAGUCAUGGUUAGAUCAAAAAUAGUUUUAUUUGAAUAUUAACACUACAAAAAAAAUAAUUGUAUUUUCUCAACAUACAUCUUAGAGGGGAUUUUUAAUUGACACAAUAAUUAACUUAAUCAUAAUGUUGUAACAACUGAGAAUUUAUAAAGAUAGAUAACUCUGAAAAAUCUAGUUUGAAUUGUUUACUCUAAUUAUUAAAAUUCACGUGGCUGCAAACCAAAAAGUUUCUUGAAAAUAGAGUUGUAUGAAAAAUUAUCCUUUCUUAAAUCUUUCUGAAUAAACCCCUGAUUCUUUUCA